GCGCACAACAAACGGCCUCUGACGUUGACAUCAGCGUGAAAAAGGGGGAACGCACCAUCAUCGCAGCAAAUCGUGCAAAGUAAAUCCUUUUGCAGGCAACGGGGGGUAGCGUGCACGUAUAUCCCGUAUCUGUAGCCAGUCGGUGGCCAAGAUCCAGUGCAAGGAUCGAUGAGUCGCGAGUGGUGGUGUUUGUUAAAAAGAAAACUUGAACAAAAAAUCACUAUUGGCCGCACACACGUUCGUGCGGUAAAGCUAGUCUAGUAGUGCCAGCAGCAGCCGAAGAGCGAAUUCGAGUUCGCCAUCGUCAUCGCUGUCGCCGUCCCUAGCAAUUCGGAGUGCGGGCCACUAUAGUGGGUAACAGAUGUGCGUUCGAAUUCGACAGUAUACCGAUGGGCAGCUAAAAUCAACAGCACGAACAACACUAGCACGAACAGCACGACCAGCAACGACGCGGCCACCGUGCCCGAGCACGCCGGUGGCGCUGGUGCUGCUGGGGGAACGGCCGGUGCGGUGGCGGCGACCAGCGAUGCCACGACUGCGCUCGGUCUGAGUGAACAGAAGCUAUCGCUGCUUUUCCCCAAAUGCAAACCACGCACCAGUGACUACCACAACCAGCAGCAGCAGCAGCAGCAGCAGCACCUCCACCACCACUAUGCAAUGAGUGGCAGCGUCAUCAACUCGAGUGCCGUGACUGUGAACGGAAACGGAAACGGAAACGGUAACGGGAACGGUAGCGCGAGUGGCCUGGCGACUACUACUGGUGCGAACAGCGGCAGCAGCAGCAGCAGCAGCAUCACCUCCACAAGCAUAGGCAGAGGUGGGAAUAACAAUAACUGCAUGAUGGACGUGGCAGGUGGCAUGCCGUACGGGUCGUCGCACUCACUGGCCUCGUACGUGAACCGAUCGAGCCCAACGGUGGUCGCUAGCGCAAACGUGGUAACCGCUACCAGCGCCGCAACCGUCGCCACUGCUGCUGCCACCGCGGCGAAGGUCAUCUACAUUGACGCGAACCCGUACGCGAACAACAACACCGGGAACAACCAUCAUGGCCAGGCGAGCUGUGGCUAUGACUACACUGGUGGUGGUGGUGGUGGUGGUGGUGGUGCCAGCGUAGUUGAAAACGUGGUCAGUACCACCAGCAACAACAACAGUGCUGCCACUGGCGGCCUGUACAACCAUCACCAAAACAACAACUCGUACGGUGGCACGCCGACGACGACGACUACGACGAGCGGGAUGAUGAUGAUGAUGAAGGACAACAAGUAUGGUGGUGGUGUCAGUAGCAACAAGGCAGACAUCUACAACUUCUACUACAACAAUCAACCACCGUCGCUGUCCUGUUCGCCGACCGAGGUGACACCGGCUGCCAGUGGAUCAUCAGGCACCGGUGGUGGUGGUGAUGGCACCGGCACCACGGGUCUGUUGCUUUCGGACGAGGAUGAUGGUGGUGGUGGCGCCGAUGGUGACAUCGGUGGUGGGCCGGGCAACACUACGGGCGCCGGUCUCAGCUGGAUGGAUCGCAACAACUACCUAACGCUGUCGCACUACUCGACGGCCGUUCCUUCGACCAAACCGCCCAAGAUGGCGACCACCGGUAAGCACCGGUCUGCCGGUGGGGCAUCGGUCGGCUCCGGUGCCACGGCCGCCGUCGCUGCCACCGCCUACAAACCGGUCAACUGCUACAACAUGGUGCUGCAGUCACCGCUCGAGGACGAGAGCGAUAUCGAGGACAAGCUGAAGUACUUCAACUAUCAGCACGAGAUGCAAAGCUACGGGAGCGCGCGCAAGGACAAGCUGCUGCGGCUCGACCGACCAAAUACCAUCACCACCAGCAACACCACCAACACCACUACCACCAACGAUGGAUCCAGCGAGCAGCAGCAGCAGCAGCAGGACAAGCAGGUUCCUAUCUUCCACCACCAUCACCGUCACCUUCAGCAUCAUCCUCAUCAUCAACAGCAACAGCAGCAGCAGCAGCAACAUCAUGGGGAGGAUGGUAGCAUAGAUGAGGCAAAAGUGGGCAUGCACCACGUGCCACAUGUUGGCCUGAGCGUCGCAUCCAGCCCGAGUGGGGACGCGUGCGAUCAAGGCGUCAGCCUAGAGCUGUCCUCGAUGGUACACACGUCGAAAUCGAACGACCGGGAGCGAACUGGAAGCGCGCACGACAGCAUAUCGAGCCCGGGAUCGAAUAUCAUCGAGUACGAUGGGUCACCACGCCGAUUCGGAAUGAACGUGUGUGAUGAACCGGAUUACUACUUCGCGUCGAGCGUCAAGAUCAAUCUCAGUUCACCGUCGGUUUUGCCAUUGCCCCGGCCAGGCUUUCCGCAGCGCAUCGUGCCGGCAGGGAGCGGAGCAGGGCCAGCGCUGAGCUUGCCGGGCACUACUGCGACCUCGGUCAACUCGGUGGCCGGCGGGAUGCGCCGUUCACCGUCCCUUCUCGAUCAGGUCAAGUCGAGCCUCAACAACAAGUCGGUACUGCUGUCGGACGCUUCGCUCGGCC